AUGAGUUACGAAUCACACAAAAGACCUGAAUUAACAUCGUUUGAUGAUAUUGACUACGAUGAUUUCUCACAAGUACAAAAAGCUAGAGCUUCAAUGACAAGAGAACAAUGGAUCAAGACGAUGGAAAUUAAAGUCACCCAUGAUGCUUUAAGACAAUGUAAAAGAUAUCAUGGAGUAGAUGCCCAAAGAAACUGUAGACCAAUAUUGUUGAAAUAUAUGAAAAUGAUCGAAAAGGCUCCAUUAGAAGGUUACUUAGGUUACCAAAAAAUCGAUCCAUCCAAAUAG